AUUGUUGCAGCCUCCCAGUGUCCGUCGAGAUCAGGUAAUGGUAGCGUCUAGAUUACCUGCGUGGAGAGCAGCAAUAGGUUCCCUGGCCGUGUAGUGACGUCAGGAGCUCCCCUGGUCUGAGCUCCGCCUUCCAUCUAUCAUUCCCACAAGGCAGCAGGAGCAGAGAGCAGCUAUUGCUGUGUCUGGCAGCAGACUACUGAGCUGUGAGGAACCAGAGUGUUUACUGGACGAUACGUGAGGAUGAGAUCCGUCACUGAUUCCCUGAGGAUGGACAAGGACAGGAGUCACAUGUCUGAGAGAAUACUAAAUCUCACCCUGGAGAUCAUCUAUCUGCUGACUGGGGAGGAAUACUUAGUAGUGAAGAAGAUAUCCGAUAAGUGUGAGACUCCCAGCAGUGGUUCACAUGUGUCAGGAGGACUGAGCAGGACCCAAAGCCCCAUCAUGGUGCCUCCACCUCACUCACUGAUACAUGAGAGACACAAUGACCAGAAGAUCCUGGAUCUCACCAACAAGAUCAUUCAGAUGCUGACUGGAGAGGAGGGGGAGUAUAUAGAGGAACACAGGGGUCUGUACAAGGACGUGAUGAUGGAGAAUCACCGGCCCCUCACAUCACUGGAUGGACCCAGUAACAGAGAUACCCCAGAGAGAUGUCCCCGUCCUCUGUAUUCCCAGGAUUGUACAGAGGAGAAUCACAGGACCCCACAGGAGGAUCAGGGUGAAGAUCUGACUAAUAUAAAGGUUGAAUAUAUAGAGGGAAAAGAAGAGAUGUAUGUGACUGAUAUGAAGGCAGAAGAUAUAGUGGAAGAAGAGACGUAUGUGACUGAUAUGAAGGCAGAAGAUAUAGAGGGAGAAGAAGAGACGUAUGUGACUGAUAUGAAGGCAGAAGAUACAGAGGGAGAAGAAGAGACGUAUGUGACUGAUAUGAAGGCAGAAGAUAUAGAGGGAGAAGAAGAGACGUAUGUGACUGAUAUGAAGGCAGAAGAUACAGUGAGAGAAGAAGAGACGUAUGUGACUGAUAUGAAGGCAGAAGAUAUAGAGGGAGAAGAAGAGACGUAUGUGACUGAUAUGAAGGCAGAAGAUACAGAGGGAGAAGAAGAGACGUAUGUGACUGAUAUGAAGGCAGAAGAUACAGAGGGAGAAGAGGAGACGUAUGUGACUGAUGUGAAGGCAGAAGAUAUAGAGGGAGAAGAAGAGACGUAUGUGACUGAUGUGGAGGCAGAAGAUAUAGAGGGAGAAGAGGCAAAUGUAACUGAUGUGGAGGCAGAAGAUAUAGAGGGAGAAGAAGAGACGUAUGUGACUGAUAUGAAGGCAGAAGAUAUAGAGGGAGAAGAAGAGACGAAUGUGACUGAUAUGAAGGCAGAAGAUAUAGAGGGAGAAGAAGAGACGUAUGUGACUGAUAUGAAGGCAGAAGAUACAGUGAGAGAAGAAGAGACAUAUGUGACUGAUAUGAAGACAGAAGAUAUAGAGGGAGAAGAAGAGACGUAUGUGACUGAUGUGGAGGCAGAAGAUAUAGAGGGAGAAGAGGCAAAUGUGACUGAUGUGGAGGCAGAAGAUACAGAGGGAGAAGAAGAGACGUAUGAUGAUAUGAAGGCAGAAGAUAUAGAGGGAGAAGAAGAGACGUAUGUGACUGAUAUGAAGGCAGAAGAUACAGAGGGAGAAGAAGAGACGAAUAUGAUUAGUGACCAGCAGUGUAAGAAGGAGGACAUCCCUACAGAUAUCAGCACAGAUGGAUGUAACAGAAGAAAUAUAUUGACUGAACGUCCCAUUGUAUCUCCAGAUUGUGAAAUAGAAGAUAAAGACAUCACACAAGAUUAUCUGGGAGAAAACACUGUGAGCCCAGUUAAACAUCCAGUACCUCACAUUGCAGAUAUAUCACCUGUUACGUCUAACCAGGAGGAAUGUUUUUCUGAUACCUCAGAUGUUGGUCCAUCUAUCACAGCUCUAAAAGUAGAUAAGAAGUUUCCCAGUUCUAUAGAUGUAAAAUGUUUUACACAGAGCACAACGCUUAUUACCCAACAACUAACUAAGGCAGGUGAGAAGCCAUUUCCAUGUUCUGAGUGUGGGAAAAGUUUUCCAUACAAAUCACGUCUUGUAGUACAUAAGAGAAGACAUACAGGUGAGAAACCAUAUUCCUGUUCUGAGUGUGGGAAAUGUUUUAUACACAAAUCAACUCUUGCUACACAUCAGAUAAGUCACGCAAGUAAGAAGCCAUUUUCUUGCUCUGAGUGUGAAAAAUGUUUUACAUGCAAAUCAAGUCUUGUUAUACAUCAGAGAAGUCACACAGGUGAAAGGCCAUUUUCAUGCUCUGAGUGUGGGAAAUGUUUUAUACAGAAAUUAGGUCUUGUUAAACAUCAGAGAAGUCACACAGGUGAGAAGCCAUUUUCUUGCUCUGAGUGUGGAAAAUGUUUUACAUGCAAAUCAAGUCUUGUUAUACAUGAGAGAAGUCACACAGGUGAGAGGCCAUUUCCAUGCACUGAGUGUGGGAAAUGUUUUAUAAAGAAAUUAGAUCUUGUUACACAUCAGAGAAGUCACACAGGUGAGAAGUCAUUUUCUUGCUCUGAGUGUGGAAAAUGUUUUACAUGCAAAUCACAUCUUGUUAUACAUGAGAGAAGUCACACAGGUGAGAGGCCAUUUCCAUGCUCUGAGUGUGGGAAAUGUUUCAGACAGAAAUCAGCUCUUGUGGUACAUCAGAGAAUUCACACAGGUGAGAAACCAUUUCCAUGUUCUGAGUGUGGGAAGUGUUUUACAACUCAUACAUCUCUUUCCAAACAUCAAAUAGAUCACACAGGGGAGAGGCGAUUUCCAUGUUCUGAGUGUGGGAAUUGUUUUAAAUGCAAAUCAGAUCUUGUUAAACAUCAGAGAAGUCACACAGGUGAGAGGCCAUUUCCAUGCUCUGAGUGUGGGAAAUGUUUUACAGAGACAUCAACUCUUUUUAGACAUCAGAGAAUUCACACAGGUGAGAAACCAUUUAAGUGUUCUGAGUGUGGGAAAUGUUAUAAAAGUAAAACAUCUCUUUUCAAACAUCAGAUAAAUCACACAGGGGAGAGGCCAUUUAUAUGUUCUGAGUGUGGGAAAUGUUUUACACAGAAUUCUGAUCUUGUUCACCAUAAGAGAAAUCACACUAUUUUGAAACCAUUUCCUUGCUCUGAGUGUGGAAAAUGUUUUAAAUUUAAAUCAGAUCUUGUUGCACAUCAGAGAAGUCACACAGGUGAGAGGCCAUUUCCAUGCUCUGAGUGUGGGAAAUGUUUUGCACAAAAAUCAGGUCUUGUUGUACAUCUGAAAAUUCACAACAGGGAUAAGCUAUUUCCAUGCUUUUAAUGUGGGAAAUGUCUUGCAUGUAAAUCACACCUUGUUACACAUGAGAGAACUCACACAGGAGAGAAGCAGUUUCCAUGUUUAGAAGGUGGUAAUUGGCAGAGAUGAGAUCUUGUUAAAUGACUCAGACACUUUUAGCCAGGUCAUAUGUUGGAAAAUGUGUUUUAUUUAAACAUCCAAAUAAUUAUUUUUUUUAAUUGAGUGAAUGGGAAGGAAAAGACACUUUGCAGCAUGGAUAGUAGGUUUUGGAAUAGGAUAAAAACAUAGCAUUUGACGGCAGAUAAGAACCACUUGACCCAUCUAGUCUGCCCCUUUUUCACCAUUUUUUAUCUCAAACCUUAUUUGAUCCUUAUUUUUUUGUAAGGAUAUCCUUAUGUCUAUCCCAUGCAUGUAUAAAUUGCUCUACUGUCUUAGCCUCUACCACUUCUAAUGGGAGGCUAUUCCACUUGUCCACUUCCCUUUCUGUAAAGUCAUUUUUCCUCAAAUUUCCCCUGAACCUCCCCCCCUCCAGUUUCAGUGCAUGUCUUCAUGUUCUAAUACUUUCUCUUACGUCUGAGAGGAUGCUGGGGUCCAUUUUAAGACCAUGGGGUAUAGACUGUUCCGCAUGAGCCUUCGGCACUUUAAGACUUUUUAAUAGUGUGAACUGGCUCCUCCCUCUAUGCCCCUCCUCCAGACCUCAGUUUAGAAAAUGUGCCCAGGAGACUGUACGCAUUCUAGUGGAGCUCUACAGAGCUUUGCUUGUAAGACUUUGUUAGGUUUUUUGUUUUACAGGGAAGCUGCUGGCAACAGCUUCCCUGCUUCGUGGGACUUAGGGGGGGAAGAUAGAACCAACUUCUCAAUUAGUUAAAUGGUUCUACUUCCGCUGACAGGACACCAUAAGCUCCUGAGGGUACUGGACACAGCUCAAAGAUGGCCCGCGUUCACUCCCGCAGCACUGCCGCCACCCCCUAACAGAGCCAGAAGAAAGAAGGCAGGUGAGUAUAUUACCGGAGCCCGGCUGAGAAGGUCCUUUGGUCAUUGUUGGCGGCUUGUAAGGUAACCGCAGCGGGGACGCUGCGCGCCAUGUCUCAGUACGGGUGCAGAGCGCGUUCUGAGCAGCAUGAAACCUUUUUCUCUCCCUGGCUGAAAAACGUAUAUUCCCCAUCCAUAGGGGACCCCCGGGGGCCAGUAUGAAGAUUCCCCUGUUCUGAGGGAAAACACGCCAUUACUAGGGGGCGGGGCUUCUCAGGCAUACAGUUCACUCACCAGUGCGCCAUUUUCUCCUGCAGAUGCCGCUGUGAGGAUCCACGCUGCUCUUAUCUACCGCGGCUACUACAAGUACCAGGGUUCUACAAGGGAAAGAGCAUUUACUUAUAGUCUAUAUAUAUAUAUAUAUAUAAAAUAUAUUAUAGUAUAUCAAUUGGUGAAGCAUUUAUAGUGUGUGCUGCAGCACAUUAUAUAGGGCGCUGGGUGUGAACUGGCAAAUCCCUAUGUGUUUUCUCUAACAGACUUCUGUGUGGGUCUGUCCCCGAUAGCUCCUGUGUGAAAGGGGUCUCUGUGUGUGUGUACACGCGUGUAACAUGUCAGAAGUUGGGGGGGGGGGAGUCGUCACCAGAGGAACCCAUUUUAGAUGCACAAGAGGGUAAUGUGAUUGCUCUUCCUUCCCAGAGGGAGCCAGAGUGGGUGAGAAGGUUGCAAAGUAAUAUUUCCAUGUUGGCACACAGAUUCUCAGACUCUGAGAAACACUGUUUAUUGGAGACAGUCUGUGGAGGAUGCCCUGUUUACUGAGGCCUCAGAUUCAUCUACACUGGUCCCCUCCCGAUCCCAGAAGAGGUCCCUUGCCCAAAUAAUGAAGGGGGACACUGACACAGAUUCUGACACGAAUGCCGACACUGGGACUUGAGAGGGGUAGACCCCAAAUUAGCCAAAAGCAUACAAUGUAUGAUUGUUGCUAUCAAAGAGGUGUUAGAAUUUACUAAUACUACACCUGAGGAAAAAGAUUAUUUUAGAUUAAAUAAAAAACAGGAGAUAACUUUUCCUCCGUCAAAGGAUCUGAAUAAUUUCUUUGAAGACGCCUGGUCUAACCCUGAAAAGAAAUUCACUAUUCCUAGAAGGAGGACAGGCGCAAGUGGGAGACGCCCCCUGUGGUAGACACCUCAGUUUCUAGGCUGUCUAAGAAAAUAAUUCUGCCUGCCCCAGGGUCAGCUUCUUUAAAGGAUCCUGCUGACCGUAAGUUAGAGACAACUUUAAAAUCCAUAUAUACCGCUAACGGUAUGCUACUCAGGCCCGCCGUUGCUGGGGCAUGGGUGGGUAACGCGGUAGAAAAAUGGGCAGACAAUUUAAUGGUUAAUAUUGACACUGUAGAUAAGGACGAAGUGCUCCUAAUCCUCAGCCACAUCAAAGAUGCAGCAGGGUAUUUUGUUAAAGCUAUGAAGGAUCUUGGUUUGCUGAGUUCCAAAGCCACGGCUAUGGCAAAUUCAGGUCGCAGGGCUUUAUAAAUUCGCCACUGGCAUGCUGAUGUGGAAUUAAAGAGAAAUAUUGAGACACUCCCUUAUAACGGGGAGGCCCUUUUUGGUGACAAGCUGGAUGCCAUGAUUUCCACGACUACAUCGGGCAAGUCUGCAUUUUUGCCUUCCGCAACUCCUCCCCCUAAGAAGGGGUAUCAUUUUCACACCAGGCAGUCCUUUCGGCCCAACAAGUACAAAAAAGGCAACCCCUUCUUUGCAGGAAGAGGUAGAGGUAGAAAGCCUACAACGCCGGCUGGUUCACAAGAACAGAAGCCAGCAACUGCUGCUGCAAAAACCUCAGCAUGACGCUUGGGCUUCCAUGCGGGAGUCCGAUUGGGUGAGGGCAUGCUUAUUGUUCUUCAGCAAAAUCUGGUUUCGUUCGGACCUGGAUCCUUGGUGUUACAAAUAGUAUCCCACGGUUACAGGUUGGAAUUUCAAGAUCUACCCCAUGCCGAUUUUUCAAAUCAGCCUUACCAGUUUCUGUCUAAGACAGGACAAACGUGUUGAGCGCAAUACAGAAAUUGUGUCAAGACAAGGUAAUUUCCUU